AUGGCGGAUCCUACCGAUCUGAACCUGGAUGCACCCAGUGAUUUACAGGAUAUUCCGGACAUGUCCAUGCAACUGCUUCCCCCGCCGGAGGGGACAUAUCCUGAUAAGGCGACGCUUCUCGCAGCAGUGCAAGCUCACGGAAAAGCUCAUGGAUACAACGUCGUAGUCAAGUCGUCCAGCACUCCCACGGAAAAGAAACCGGGGCGGACUGCUAAGGUCUGGUUGCGAUGCGAUCGCGGGGGCCACUAUCGCCCGCGCAACGGGCUCACUGAGGAGACGAGGAAGCGGCGGCGAACAUCCCGGUUGAUGGAUUGCCCGUUCAUGCUAGUUGCAGCUGGAACUCCUGGGAUUUGGACGCUGACUGUCUUGAACGCCACGCACAACCACGGCCCGAUUGUCGAAAAGCCUCGGCAGGUCCCUCAUCAUAAGGUCCGGAAGGGCCAGAUCGCAGCGGUCCCCUACGAUUGGCCGCACGAUGCGACGCUGACCCCCUAUACGACGGCGUUAGUAAUUAUUGACAUGCAAAAGGACUUCUGUUUGCCGGGUGGAUACAUGAGCCUUCAGGGCUACGACAUAUCGGCUAAUCAGGCACUAAUUCCGAAAUUACAGCAUCUGCUGAAUGCAUUUCGCUCAUCCGGUUUUCCCAUCUACCACACCCGGGAAGGGCAUCGGCCCGAUCUGUCGACACUGUCUAGUAGAGAGGCCUACCGCUCACAAAAUAAUGCUUCUGGCAUGGGAAUUGGAUCUCCCGGACCCCUAGGCCGUCUGCUGAUACGUGGCGAGGUGGGUCACGACACUGUCGACGAACUGUACCCGGUUCACGGGGAACCGGUCAUUGACAAACCUGGCCGGAGUGCCUUUGCACAUACCGACUUCGAACUUAUCCUCCGCAAUCGCGGCAUCAAGAACCUGGUAUUAGUAGGUGUAACGACCGAUGUGUGUGUUGCGACGACUAUGCGCGAGGCCAAUGACCGGGGCUUUGACUGCGUGGUGCUUGAAGACGGAACUGCAGCUAGCGAACCAUCCCUUCACAUGAGUGCCAUCGAGUCAGUCAAGAUGGAGGGAGGAAUCUUCGGGGCAGUAGCCAAGUUAGAGGACGUGAUGCAUGCAGUGGAGAACUUCAAAGCCGUGACUGUGAAGAAGCUGGCUCCGCAGAUGACGUGGCCUUCUGACUUUAUUGGGAUCAAAUCUGGGAUACCAUUCAGCGCUAUCAACAUUGGAGGAAUGAGCUGCCACUGGGUUAGAGGAGCCAUCAUCAGGACGGCCAAGGACAAGAUAUCAUAACGAAGCUAUGAACACGAUUUAUGGACAUGCAUACAUUGAAUAUGAAACUGGUAUCUUCCAAACACCAUGUACAAAGAGUAACCACUAAACGCCUCAACCUAACCCAACCGCAUCAAACUACAAUCAACAAAUCAAUAGCAACAAAAAUAAAUCAACCCUAUAACCACUUCCUCCCCGCAGCCGUAACCCUCCCCCUAAACACCGGGCUCUUAAUCUCCAUUCCCUGUCUAUAAAACGGACUCAUGACCGUCUUCACAUAAUUCUCAUACACCUCAGUCAUAAACUGACGCACGGCUUCCUCCGUCUGCGGCGACGUCGGAUUAUUAGCUAUCGAGCUCGCAGACGCGCGCGACGACCCGCCCGAAGAUCC